UGGCAAAGUGUGGAAUUGGCCAGAUCACAGACACAGAGUGUGGCGAAUCUGCAAAGCACCAAAGGAAAACCAAAAAUGAAGUAAUAUUACUGGUAAAAUGCAAUCGGGACAUUUCUAAGCACCUUCAAUUUUGUAAAAUAAGCAACGAAGGUAUUUCGACAGAAGCCGAUCUGAUACUUUGCAGAGCAGGUAAACUGGUCUUUUUAAAACUUCAUUUUAUUUUCUGAAAUUUAUGUGAGUCAAAAUAUGCUUUUUUGAUAGGAAUCUUUGCCUCGUCGCGCAAAGAAAACAUAGUCGUUUGCUCACUGCAUAGAGAUAGCCUUGGUAUCUAUUGGAGAGGCCAAUAUAAGAAUUGUCAAGUACCGAUUUCUAUUGCUGCACACUCAAAGAGAUCAAGAGGAGAUCGAUCUGUUGGAAAACGACUAUCGCAAUCAAUAUUUGAAAGAACAAAUGAGCUUCUCCCUGUUGGAUCAUCAAUAUGCAGACGUUGCAGAGAGAUGUACGCUUGUACGAAAAUCAAGCCAUGCGAAGGAGUAGAAGAUACGACAAGCUAUGAGACCACAACAGAACUCUGUCCAUCAGUUGACACGCUCAUCGAUACAUUCCAGYCUCUCACGAUUCGUGGUAAUAMGCAAGACGUAUCAAUGUACAGUCCAUCUUGCUCGCAAGAUACAGCUUCGUCACAAGAAGAGCCUAGCGCCAGCUUAAAAGAUUCUGACACCACUUCGAAAAACUUGGAAAGGUUAAAUAAUUUCCUUGAAGCGUCUAGUGUUGGUACUGUUCAACAUGCGCUUAGUCGGCCCUGGAGCAAAGUAACAGACAAAACUCAAUCAUAUUACACCAAUAUCGGCAGUUCUGUUCUUGCAGAAGUCAUACGCACGUUAGCUCCUGAGUCAGCUGGAGAAUUAUGGAAGGCUAUCAAAAGUAGUAAUUUAGUGGACGAGUAUCUGGGCGAUGAACAAUACGUUGGCAGCGACUUACUUAUCGCUGUUGCGGAGUCCUACAAACAAGCAUCUGAGCCAGAGACUCGACUUCAGCUUCUGAGUUUGGUGGCCAAUAAAGUGAGCUAUAAGAAUAUAUGCACAUAUAUACCAGACCUCAAAAGGCAUCAAUUCAGGGCAGCAAGAAGGCACAGCGUGGAAUUUGGAGCCGGUCAAGCAGUGGARGAAACUGAAAAGCAAGUCCGACAAAAGAUUGAUCCUGCAAAAUUGGAGCACUUCCUUGACUUUAUUACAGCAGCAAAUAUCAUACAAGAUCUUCCCUUCGGUCAGAAGACGCUAAAACUAUCUUCUGGUGACAAGCUACAGAUCCCAAACAUCAUACRUACUCUCAUACCAUCACGCCUUAUAGCCCAGUAUCAGCAAUAUUGCAGCGAGAACGCCUAUGUACCAUUAUCAAGAGCUACACUUUAUAAGAUACUGUCCCAGUCGUGCGUUGCCUCAGUAAGGAAGAGUCUACAAGGACUUGAUAAUUAUGCUCCUGACGGAGGACGCGCGUUUGAUGAUCUUAUUGCCUUAAUGGACACAUUGUCGAUGCAUGGUCUGGAUGAACACACAGCUAGCAAGACCAAAGAUCAGCUUUUGUUACUUAAACAAUAUAUCAAAGGAGACUACAAGGUAAAUAUAAAUAUUCUCCUAUAUUCAUUUGCCUCCCAUCUGGUCCCAAAUCACAAGCAUUGGUGCCCUGUAACCAUAAAUUUACUCUCAGACUUAAGGGUAUUUUGCGUCGUAGGUUCAAUCAACUAUUGAAAAUAGUGUCGCCGAUCAUUGCAGAACAUAUGCACUCAGUGAUCCAAAGA